AUGAUGAACUCAAAUAUAUUAUCGCGGAUGCUCCCUCCUGCGGGCUCGCCCUCCAUCUACGAAGCUAUUAGACAUGACGACGAAGCCUCUGGAAACUCCGAUAUCGAGGAGCGUGCAGCCAUGGCUCUGGACGAGGAAAACCUUCAAGAAUCUCUACACGACUACGACCCAGAUGAUGCCGGGAACAGUCAGAUAACUACACAAAGUACUGCAUUUUUGGGACAAGGACGGCCGCGAAAGCUAUCGGAUACCUAUUCUACGAAGGCGGGAGGAAAUGGAGCUAGAUCAGGACGGCCUCGGUGGUUGCAGCAUUUGUCACCCCGCGUGGCCGAAGCUGACGAGGGUGACGAUGACGACGUCCCUGCAUCCUUGUUGAUAGAAGGACAUGAUCUCGAAGAUAUGCCUAAGCCGCCUGCUCCCCCCUCUCAUGGAAUGGACUAUCACGAUGGUGCUUCCGCAGGUGCCGGCCCAUCGUCGACCAGAUCUAGAAAGCGCUGGGAAUCGCCACGGAAUCGAAAGAAACUUGGUCAGUUUCUGCCCACCCCGAUUGUUCAACAAACACAGAGACCAGGAGGCUUGUCUGGAUUGGCAUCGGCAAGUCCCAAGGACAAGGCAAUGUGGAGGUGGGCGAAUGUCGAGAACCUCGAUAACUUUUUGAAGGACGUGUAUGUCUACUACCUGGGGAAUGGUAUUUGGAGUAUAAUAAUGAGCCGAGCACUCAACCUAUUGACGCUUGGCUUUGUGGUAGGCUUUACGACUUUUCUGUCGAGCUGUGUGAACUAUAGCUUGAUCCGUGGGAGCACUUCGCUACAAAACGUUCUUGUUCCGAAGUGUAUGACCAAGAUUUCAACAUCAACCACUCUUCUCUUAUGGCUUUUUACCUUCUUUUGGAUCGGUAAACUUGCCCAAUAUAUACUUGAUAUACGCAGACUACGGCACAUGCAUGAUUUUUACCACUAUUUAUUAGACAUUUCCGAUUCAGAAAUACAGACCAUAUCGUGGCAGCAGGUUGUGAGUCGGUUGAUGAACCUGCGGGACUCUAACCCAUCCACAGCUGCCGCCAUCUCUGCUAGACAUCGCAGGUUCAUGGGCAGCCAGUCUAAGCAGCGCAUGGACGCCCACGACAUCGCCAAUAGGCUGAUGCGGAAAGAGAAUUACCUCAUCGCUCUAUUCAACAAAGACAUACUCGACCUCACAUUGCCCAUUCCCUUUCUUCGAAACCGACAGUUGUUUUCACGCACAUUAGAAUGGAAUUUGAACCUAUGUAUCCUAGACUAUGUGUUUAAUGAGCAGGGUCAGGUCAGACCACUUUUUCUGAAGGAUACUCAUCGACGAGCUUUGAGUGAAGGGCUGCGAAGACGUUUCAUAUUUGCCGGAGUCAUGAACAUUUUCGUCGCCCCCUUUAUCGUUGUUUACUUUAUGAUGCAUUACUUUUUCCGGUACUUCAACGAAUACCAAAAGAACCCAUCACAGAUUGGCUCGCGUCAAUACACGCCUCUUGCAGAAUGGAAAUUCCGCGAGUUUAACGAACUUUGGCACCUCUUCCAACGUCGCAUUAACAUGUCCUACCCGUUCGCAAGUCGCUACGUCGAUCAAUUCCCGAAAGAUAAGACAGUGCAGAUUUCGAGUUUCGUGGCGUUCAUCGCAGGAGCUCUUGCCUCAGUCCUUGCACUGGCGUCACUUUUGGACCCGGAGCUGUUCCUAGGAUUUGAGAUCACUCAUGAUCGGACUGUGCUCUUCUACCUCGGCCUCUUCGGUAGUGUGUGGGCUAUUGCACGGGGGCUAGUUCCGGAAGAAACCGAUGUUUUCGACCCUGAAUUUGCACUUCUCGAGGUGACCAAUUUCACCCACUACCGUCCGAAUCACUGGGCGGCGCGUCUGCAUAGUGACGAGGUUAGGCAAGAGUUUGCGAUGCUGUAUCAGAUGAAGAUCGUUAUCUUCUUAGAGGAGAUUCUUAGCAUGAUAUUUACUCCCUUUGUGCUCUGGUUCAGUCUUCCAAAGUGCAGCGAUCGCUUGAUUGAUUUUUUCCGCGAGUUCACUGUUCAUGUAGAUGGAUUGGGCUAUGUGUGUUCCUUUGCCGUCUUUGAUUUCAAGAAGGACGCCCAAACGAAUCCUCAAGGUCGCGCAUCCCACCAAACGGGGCUGGCGGGAGACUUGCGAGACGAUUACUUCUCCACCAAGGAUGGAAAAAUGCUUGCUUCGUACUACGGCUUUUUAGACAGUUAUGGAGCAAAUCCUAGGGCUGCUGCCGCCCCCGGCGCUCGUCGGAGGUUCCAUCCCCCUCCACCAUUCCCUACCCUCGGAUCUACACAUCCAGCCGAUGUUGCUCCGCGGACGGAGCGUUGGGACCAGAUGGCCGCACGACACUCACCUACUGUAGGACCACAAACCCAUCAUUCUACACUGCGUGGCUCUCGCAUUGGCGGUGCGGCUGGGUAUAAUUCGCCAUUCCAUUCGAUGCUUCUCGAUCCACAUCAUCAGCCCUCCGCGUCAGCGUUGCGCUCAGCACCUAGGACGGGGGCGCAAUCUCGAUUCCGACCAUCCCGCGCUGCUCCCGGUGUCGGUGAUGCCAUGGAUGAUGUGAAAGAGCUAUCCGAUGUCGAAGCGUCCACCAAGAAUGCUUCAGGUCAACAGUCUGGUCGGAUCGGGGACGAUUCUACUGGAGCUGUUACUACCAGCGACAAUAACCUAGAGGGAUCGUGGCGCAUGAAUAUGGCAGGAGAGGCAGACGAUAGUGAUAGUGUAGAAGAAGGCGACGAGGUGGAAGCGAUUGUCAACGGCCCUGGCGGCGUGCUUGGCUUGAUCCAACAGUUCCAGAAGGCAAAUAAUGAAGGCCGAGCCGGCGGGGCUACUGUGAACAUAUAG